GUGAGGUUGACCACUCUACUUGACAAAAAAGAGGCCCAGCUCUUGGCCAUGAACGAACAAUGCAAGGUUCCAGUGGAUCUUGUCAUUGACAAUUCUGUUCAGGUUGAUGUGGCAGGAAGUGAAUGCAAUGCAGGCAAAUAUGGGGCUUGAAUUUCAGAGAAACAAGGAGAGGUUUGUUUUUCUGAAGUGGGGUUCCAAUGUUUUUCACAAUAUGCUCAUUGUUCCUCCUGGUUCUGGUAUUGUCCACCAGGUUUGGCAUUUAGCAAGUGACUCUGGUAAUUUUCAAGUUAAUCUUGAAUACCUUGGAUGGGUUAUUUUCUACACAAAUGGCAUUCUGUACCCUGAUAGCGUGGUUGGAAUUGAUUCCCAUACAAAUAUGAUUGCUGGCUUAGGAGUUGUUGGCUGGGGAGUUGGAGGAAUUGAAUCUGAGGCUACAAUGCUUCGCUAGGUAUUUUGAGAUAAUAAUGUAUUUUCUUUAUGAUUUUCUAUACGCUUGUGCCAAUUGUUAGUGUUUGCAGUUAUUCUUUGGUAGAUAGACAUGCAUGAAAUGGGUAGCUGUUUUUUCUUCUUUUUCCUCCAAAGGUGCAAAGAAAAUGCAGCUUCUGCU